AUGCCGGUGGAAAAAGAACAACAAAAUUUGCAGCUAAUUUUUGAUGCCCGGCGCAAGUAUAAAGCGAGUCCUUCUACAGCUGAAUCAAUCUUCUCAGUUUUCAAACAUGAUGAGGAUCCAUAUAAAUGUGAUGUCAUGGUCAAAUUAGACGGGGAAACCAAAUACCUCGGUCGGGCUCUGCUUGACACGGGAUCGAUGUAUAGCAUGAUGAGCGAAAAAACUGCAGUUCGGGUAGAAGCUUGGGGCCUGACCACCAUCGACCGGAGUGAAGCCACAAGGACCGAAGGAAUCAAGACGGCGGAAGGGAUUUUGGAGGAAGCCAAAAUCAAGGUCGUGGGCAAGCUGAGUCUGAAGUUCUCCGGAGAUGGUGUUCAUUACUACCGACAUACUUUCAUCGUGAUUCCACACGAGGAUAGAUUUGAGAUCUUGCUCGGUGCAAAAGUCCUCCACAGAUGGGUUACAGCAGACCGGUGUGCGAACAGUUCCUCACAGAGCCCCUUGGCAAAGUAUCGCCUUCUGGCGCCCUUGGGACGUACUUGGGACCGGCGCAGUUGUCGACAAAUGCUUCGAUCCACCCUGGAUUUUAUACAGCAAUAG